AGAGUAACAAAGAUAAGUUUUCAAUGUCACUAAAUGUGUACAAAGGAUUUUUUUUUUUAAGUGCAUCUUUAUCCAGGUCUGAAUGGGUUAAUGAGCUUAUUGCUUCCUGCCUUGUACUUAACUCUGCGUGAACUGCAAAAAAAUGUACCUGCACAGGUGGAACAAGGUCAGUGGCUGAGAGGUGUUACCAAAUGUGAGACACGCACAACACCGGCUAAAAAGUUUGCAGAGGAGAUGGAGCCUAACUGAACAGUAACAGCUGUAGACAAGAACCAACACUAUAUGGGAUGACCAAUGUUCAAUAAAAAGCACAUUUUAUAUAUUUAUUACAAUUAUUCUAAGAUAAAUUCCUUGGAGAAGCCAUUUCGAAGGUCUUCAACAGAUGAGUAAAACAUGUGCUCUUUCUAAAAUGUGCUGAAAACCGAGAGAACGUUCAGAAUAAAGACAACGUUGGCAUAAUAUGAACAACAAAACCACAACUGACACCAUUUUGGCAAAGCCAAGCUACAGAGCAACCAUCCAUUACAUCCUGAUUGUUGCAAUUGCAGUAUUAACCCUGGGAAUUUUACUGAUAGUGGUUAUAUAUUUCAGAAAAAGGAAAAGAUUGGACCAGUUGCGGCACAAGCUAAUUCCAGUGUAUACUUACGACCCCAGUGAAGAUUAUGGAGAUGAUCUGGAUAGCACAGAUGAAGAGCUAAUGGAGCCUUUUAAUAAGGAUGAACAACAGUUUAAUGGUCGGCUGUUACUAAGAAACAGUAUUAGCGCCUGAUGAUGAAGAUGUGCUGCAGGGAGCCUGACUUCCAAAACCUGACUGUCAAAGAAGUGUAAAACAGCAGCAUGGCCAUGUCAUUGAGCCCUCAGCACACAAGCAUGUGGAUUUGGAUUUCAUUUUAAUCAUAACUGUACAACUUUUGUUGCAUUCACCUAUUUAUUCAUUUUCCAUACCAAUAAGUUAAGAAUUUGACCCAAAUGUGGCAGCAUUUUAGUCCCAGUAGUUAGAAAUACUGUACUUUUUUGUUGCUUGCAUUUCGCUAAUGCAUGUCCUUAAUUACAGCUUAAAGAAUGCACUUGGCUGCCUUUGUCCAUCCACCCUUUUCUGUUCUUCAAUCCAAUAAGUAAUUUUUAUAGCUACCAAUUAUGGCUGCUUUCAUUUCUUUCCAAUGAUGUGUUCAUAAUGCCUUAACAGAAAGUAAUUGUCCACACUUAUUCUAAAUGUGAUAAAUUAUAGAUCAGUUUAUCUGCUGAGCAGCUACAUCAACAUUUGUUAGGACUUUGCUGCCUCUGACCCACUCAUGACUUACACUUAACUUCUUCUCUAAUCCUCUUUGAAAGGUGGGCUGCUUAUGGGAAAGGAUUACUUGACAGGUUUAAAAAAGGUUAAAUUCAAUUUAUGGCAAUGCUUAUGGCUAGAACCAUCUUGGUGGUUCCAGAUGAUGAAAUGAUGAAAAAAGAGGAGCAGAGGUUGUUAAUUGACAAAAGAAAUUAAUUAACUAAUUAAUACAACAGAGCAAGAGAGGAUGUGAUAUGGAAAAUUUAUAGAAGUAUAGAAUAGUCCAAAUUAGGGUGAAUGACAAAAACAAAUAAUAGAACAUAAAUAAUAAAUUUCUACACCAGAGAGGAAGACCCGAAAGAAGAAACUUGCAUGACAAUUGUAGUAACCAGACUCAGAGCUCAAGCAGAAUGACCCAGCUUUUAUAGUUGAUUGACAGACUCCCAGAGUACUUCAGGUCCAGGGAUUGUCUUGUAUUUAACAUCAUAAUCGAAUUUAAAGGCCAUUUUCCUACCUUGGAGUGAGAGCUUCUGGGGCACGACCUACAGAAACAGUGCCUUCUGGGAUCCCUAACCCAAAACCAUCAACAGUCAGAGGGACACUUUAAGUCUACAUUUUUGGUUGUUGAUGGGUCCUUCUCUUGUUCUCUAUCUAUUUAAACACCCUUCCACCUUUAGUAAUCUGUUACAAAAAAUGAAAUGUUUUCAAAACUGUUCACUUUUUAGAUAAAUUAUGGACACAUAGCUAUGAAAUUUACAAAAAUAACACAUGUUAGGAUGGGUUUAGUUUCUACAAAAUGUUCACAUUAUAUAAUAGCAUGACAUUCUCAAAUCCACCAAUUCAGGGUCAGCUUCUAGGGCCUAAGUCCAUUCUAGCAGCACAGGUCUUAGGGCAAGAAACAACUCUUGACCACCUGUUUCAUAGUUUGAUUUAAUGUAGCUGUCAUUUUUGUUUUUAAAAAGCAAUGUGAACAAGAACUGAUAAGCUAUUUGAGCAAGUUGGCUGGUCCUCAAUAAAAACUUUCACUUAAAUUUCAA